UGGCCAGGACGGGUAUAUAUAAAGAGUCACACUGAGGACUUUCACUUACAUUCAGAGGAAAGUCACCAUGAAAGCUCUGGUAUUCCUGGUUUUGCUUGGAGCAGCAUUUGCUGCAGCUGAGGAUGAUAAGAUUGUCGGGGGGUAUGAGUGUCCCAGAAACUCUGUUCCCUACCAGGUGUCUCUGAAUGCUGGAUACCACUUCUGCGGUGGAUCCCUCAUCUCCAGCCAGUGGGUGGUGUCUGCUGCUCACUGCUACAAGUCUCGUAUCCAGGUCCGUCUUGGUGAGCACAACAUCGCUGUGAACGAGGGCACCGAGCAGUGGAUUGACUCUGCCAAGUUGAUCAAGCACCCCCAGUACAACAGCCACAACCUGGACAACGACAUCAUGCUGAUCAAACUGAGCCGCCCCGCCACCCUCAACAACUACGUCAAGACCGUGUCCCUGCCCUCUCGCUGCCCAGUUGCCGACGAGAACUGCCUGGUGUCAGGGUGGGGCAACAUGUCUGCCAAUGGCAACAACUUUCCUGACAGGCUGCAGUGCCUGAGGCAGCCCAUCAUCGAUGACAGGAUCUGCAGGAACGCCUACCCCCACCUCUUCACCGAGAACAUGCUUUGCUCCGGAUUCAUGCAUGGAGGUGCCAGCAGCUGCCAAGGAGACUCCGGUGGUCCUCUGGUGUGUAAUGGACAGCUGCAGGGUGUGGUGUCCUGGGGUUACGAAUGCGCCAUGCAGGGGCACCCCAGUGUCUACGCCCGUGUGUGCCGCUACAACAGCUGGAUCAGCACCGUCAUGAGAAACAACUAAUUGCACACAGUCACUCAGUUUGAACUCAGUUUAUUUGGAACACUGUCAUUCAUAUACAUCUCAUAAAUAACAUGUUUAAAUACAAUAUUCUGUAACAGUUAUGACAGAGAAUUGAAUAAAUGAAUAAAAAUAUACUUUAGCA